CCAGGAAGUUGGGCGAAUGAAAUUCAUUUUUCACAGUUGGUGAUGGCGGAUGUCGAAAUAGACACCAUGAAGAAUUACCACAUAGCCUUUGAAAGAAUAAACCCCGAUACGAGUCGUUACCCCUACUGUAUCGUGUGGACACCUAUCCCCGUACUAUCAUGGCUGCUACCAUUCAUUGGACACAUGGGAAUCUGCACCUCUUCUGGUAUCAUCCGGGACUUUGCUGGGCCCUACUUUGUCUCUGAAGACAACAUGGCCUUUGGGAGACCAACAAAAUACUGGAUGCUGGACGUAGCCAAGGUGUAUGCUAGUGGCUCCAACCCCUGGGACACAGCAGUGCAAGACGCCUCAGAGGAGUACAAAAACAGAAUGCACAACCUCUGCUGUGACAACUGUCACUCCCAUGUGGCCAUGGCUCUGAACCUGAUGCGCUAUGAGAACAAGACCUCAUGGAACAUGAUCAACCUCUGUCUGCUCUCCCUAGUCCACGGAAAACACGUCAGCUGUGCAGGGUUCCUGAAGACCUGGCUUCCCUUCCUCAUGUUGCUGGGUAUCAUCCUAACUGUGGCUCUGACCAUUAACCUGAAGUGACCAGCCAACCAGGUGGGAGGACACAGCUUACAGGGUGGCCAGGGAGCAAGGAGCAGAGGGGGGAGUGGGAUGGACUCCCUGCAGAAGGGGGGCGAGGGAGAUUGGGAGGGGAGG